AAACAAAAAAGUCCAGACUUUAUCAAGCUCUGUGCCGGUUCCAUAUCCAAGCAUACUAUGGGGAAGACUUGUUUCAAGUUGUUGUUCUACAUCGUGCUUUUGAUUUUUGUUGUUUCUGGCGGGAACAAGAAUCAAAUUGGAGCAGAAGGCAAAUACGUGAGCAAACCGUGUGCAAGUCAGGAUGAUUGUGCUUCAUGGGGUCCCCCAUGUCACUGUAACUUGGGACUUCAUAUGUGCGUCUGUAACGUACCACCGAGUGCAAAAUCUCUUCUAAACUAAAUCUCAGAAACUGGAAGAUGGAUAUUUGAUACUAUUAUAUGAAUAAAAUGGAUGUUUUGUUUUGAAAUUGUCGAGGUAUCAGUCCAAUCCUAACAAAUCGAUCAUUAGUUGAUGUUGUAGUUCAUCGUCGCUCAUUUCUACC